CCCCCAUAGCGCCAGUGGUUCGCGGAUUUUCAUGCUGAUAAGUGUGUGUCGGAGGCCUUAUUUCAUUGAUUUUUCACCGUGUUUAUUUCGGUUGUUUACCUGUCGUCUCAUUAUCAUAUCACAGCAUGCAAAUUGAAGAUGCGAUCACAUCAUAUCAGUACGAGAAAGGGAAGUCAAGCGCGGUCAUAGACGUUCGUGCUUGUACCAAGCCUACCGUCAAAUUUUGGUGAAUGCGUGUUGUUAGCUUGUUGAUAGUUAGUUAUCGUUUUGGCAUGACAUUUAUCUUCCUCUAAGUUGUACCCCUUUCGUAGAAGUCGACCGCAGAUAUGACCAACUCUCAGCUAUGGUUCCGCGGGGUUCGGAGCUCCAAGUUCCGGCAUGUGUACGGGCUGCCGGUGAAGCGGGAGAAGUGCUACGACAACGUCCCGAUCACGCGCAACGCCCACGACUCCAACUUCUGCGCCGUCAACCCCAAGUUCGUCGCCAUCGUCACAGAGGUCGCCGGCGGCGGCGCCUUCCUCGUCCUCCCCAUCGAAAAGACUGGAAGGCUUGAUUUUAACUGUGGGAAAGUAACAGGUCACAGAGGACCUGUUCUCGACAUAAAAUGGAACCCUUUCAACGACAAUAUCAUAGCCUCUUGCUCCGAUGAUUGCACCAUCAAGUUGUGGUACAUACCAGACGGAGGUCUCGGCAAUAAUCUCACGGAAUGGCUCAUGGAUCUGCAUGGACACAAAAGAAGAGUCGGUUACAUUGAAUGGCAUCCGACCGCUGAAAAUGUCCUUGUCAGUGCCAGCUUUGACUACCUGAUGAUUAUUUGGGACGUGGGCAAAGGUGCCGCUCUGAACGUGAUAGAUUGUCACACAGACGUAAUCUAUUGUAUGUCUUUCAAUCGUGACGGAAGUCGCAUCGCAACCACAUCCAAAGAUAAAAAACUCAGGAUCAUUGAUCCUCGAACCGGAGUCGUCAUUUCUGAGGGAAUUUGUCACGCUGGAACAAGGUCCAGCAAAGUGGCAUACUUGGGGAGCUCAAGCCGAUUGGUCACAACCGGCUUCUCGCGAUACUCAGAUCGGCAGAUCGCUUGUUGGAACGAGAACAAUCUCAGUCAGCCACUUAUGAUUGAAACAGUUGACUCAUCCUCAGGCAUCCUUUUCCCGUACUUUGACCAGGAUACCAAUGUUUUGUUCCUCGCUGGUAAAGGUGAUGGAAAUAUUCGUUACUAUGAAAUCGUCAACGAAGCACCUUGGAUACAUUUUCUUAGUCAAUAUUUAUCUGGGUCUCCUCAGCGAGGUCUUGGAUUCAUGCCAAAGCGAGGCUGUGAUGUCACCCAAUGCGAAGUGUUCCGGUUCUACAAACUCCACACUGCACGAGGAAUGUGCGAGCCCAUUUCCAUGAUCGUUCCGAGAAAAAGUGACCAAUUCCAAGAUGAUCUUUACCCGGACACAGCAGCUCCGAUUCCAGCAGUUUCAGCAGCUGAUUGGUUCAACGGUGUUAAUCGACCGCCUGUCCUUAUGUCAAUGAAAACAGGUGUCACAGUUCACACCUACAAACCAAAAGUCUUCAAGCCAAAUGAAUCAACGCAAAAAACGGACAGUAAUUACCGAGUGAAGCUUGCAUUUUUAUCGCGAGAAACGAUCCCUGAUUACCGACCGUUAGACGUCGUUAACAAAGUGUCGCAAAAGAAAAGCGAGAUGAGUAAAAACAUGAUAAAUACCAAUAAAAAGAACACCAGUAAAAAUGCCAAAAAUAAGAGCUGCAGUAACGGUAGUAUCAACAGUUUGGGUAAAAAUAAAGUUAACGGGAUCGACGAAACUGACCAAAAAUUAGUCCAAAUUAUUGUGCCCAGCUCUGAUGAAGAAGAGACACAGAUCAUUAAGAGCAAUAAUUGUAAUAAUACGAUGUUACCUGAAAACGAAAAGAAUCACAAAACAACGACUAACCAGACGACAAAAUUCCAGCAAAUUCAGCAAAUGUUUGGAAACAUGGUGAAAGAGGGAAAUGACAAUCUUUCUGAGGAUAUUUUAACGUUGAAAUUGAAUGUUAAAGAUGAAAAUGAGGAGAGUCCAAAGAACGAAUAUCAGUUGCAACGAGCGUACAGUCGGCAAUGUGAGGAACUGAAACUCCUCCGCAAACAGCUGGCGAGUAGAGACCGGCGCAUCCAAGAUCUGGAAGCUUACGUCGCAACUCUUCAAGCGCAAGUUCAGCAGAGGCGUUUGUGAAAUUAACUCCAGCCUCAGGUUUCUUCUGAAGAAGUUCUUGUUUCAUGAGGAGAUCUGCAUCAAAAGUCUGCCACUGAGAAACCUGAUCAAAGCAAGAUUUGUCUGAUUACACCAAAUUCAUCCAUAGCGUAAAUAUUUAGCGACUUUAGAUAUCUGUUUUUUCUCAUCAGAAAGUGAUUUCAUCCCAGAUUCAGAUAAUUAUCCAAGGAUACAAAAUGUUUCAAAGAUCAUUUCCAAUGCCAGGCCCUAUUUUUUGAAAAGUAAAGAUGUUUUAAGGUUUAAUUUAAGGUUCAAAAAAUCAUAUUUGCAAUAUUGUACUUGUAUCAAAGUUUCCAAAACCCAACUUUAACCGUACAUUUUUGUUCUCAUCAAUUUAAAUACAACUUUUUCAUUCCUCAUAAUUGGAAAAAUUUGUUUUCCACCAUUUUUAGAAGGAGGAUAGUGGGUUCAAACAGACAUUUCCUCGUCUUGAAACUCCAAGAAUUUUCUCGUCAAAAAGUCAUUGAAAGCUGUGCAAUCACUUGAUAUUAGUUUUUAAGGUAGAUUUAAGUUUAAAGAGGCUUCGCAGAAAACGUAUUAAAAUGUGCUAAAAAUCAUGUACCCCUUUGCUUGAUGUUCUGGUUUAAAUAUUUUGCUUCAUGCACUUUUGCGAUGUAAUAAUUGCGCAGUAGGGGUUGAUGGAUUAAUAUAAGUUUGUAAUGAGUCUUGUCAAGACCUGAAUCAAAAUUUUAAGUAUACCUAAACGAAAUUGUUCAAGAAGAGAAGGAGCGUAUAAUGAUAUAACCCGGAAGCGGGACGUUCCCAGUUUCUAUAUUUACAAAUUUACCGUGCCUAAUUGGUUUAGCCGAACUUAUCAGAUUUAUUUUUUCUAAAAUUUUAAAAUUUUGGCCAGAGCUUUUUUUGAAGUUUCCUUUAAAUUAUGAAAGAUCGUUAUUUUCAUAGCAUCAUCAUUAGUCACAUAUUUACUUUAAAUUUAGCUCCUUACUGUCUUAAUUUGUUUUAUACAAGCAAAUUUUUUCAAUACCUAAAACAUUAAUUUCAAUUUUUAAAGAUAGCUUUCAUUUUCCCUGUAAAGCAUUUUAUUUUAUGUGUCGUGGGUCAUGCUUCAAGUGCUUAUUUGAUAAUCUCUGUGCCCUUAAACAAUCAAUUUUCUCAAUCACUUUAAACUGGAAUCACUUUUUCACUGUUAAUAUAGCUAACUUCAUCGUUGUACUUAUUUUUUAAAUGAAUGCAUUCCAUUUUAGCAAAUAUCCCUUAAUUUAACAAGCAAUAAAAUGUAUCUGAAAAUCGAACUUAGAUGGUCAAGUGCUUUUAAGAUCUAAAAUUAUUACGCUUUAUUUUUUAUGGCCUCAGAGCAAUUUAAUAAUAUUAAAGCAGUCUAGUUUAUCCUCUAAGAUUUUUUUUUCCAUGUUAAGUGUCUAACUUUUUCACCACAUCGUAGGAAAGCUAAAAUAUUCCAGUAAACUGUCAAAAAUGCUGUUAUAAUCCAAAAAUUCAUAUAAGGCAUGAUUAAAAAUAUGUCUAACCUGUUCAUAGUUCAAAUUCAGUUUAAAAUGAUCCACUUUACAUUGUAGAAUUGCUUUAGUUCAAGCUUCAUUUACAGUUACGUUUCGUUAGUCUGAUCUAACUCUGCGUUUUUUUACUUACGUAUUUUCGUUCUGUCAAAGACAUGCCUUUUAAGCUUCAUACGAUAGAGUUUGUACUUGCAUAGCAAGUAGCUAUUAAUUCAGGGAAAAUUUUGAUCAGAUCUGUCAUUUCUCAAUUUAUUUUGCUUAAAAUAUUUUUCUAAUGCCCAAUUCAAAAGGGAAGCUCUGUCCCUUUGUCAGAGCCUACAGAAAAUAAAUCUACGCACUUUUAGACUGUGACAGAAGAUCUGCCAUCUUGAUUCUUGCAUUUACUUUCAAUGCAAAACUGACGUCAGACAGUCCUCUAUCGUAGUCUAAAGUGCAUACACUUAUUUGACAUAGACUCUAAGUAAAUGAGUUCUAUCUGAUUGUCUCCUCAAUUUUCAUUUUGAGGCCUAAAUAGAUUUGUCGCAGGUGUCUCAAAAUCGUGCGUUGAAUGUUGAUCACUGGAAAUCAGAAAAAAUUAGUGAGAUCUUUCCAACUGCUAAGUUUCCUCAUCUAACAUCAACAGGAGUAUGGUUUUUCGGUUGAUUGAAUUUAGUGAUUGAUGUCAAUCAGUGUGUUUUCAAAACGGCCUUAUCUCCAUGUAAUUUGAACGCAGAAACUUAGCCUGAAAAUAUUUGAAAAGUUUUGGAUGUAAUGGCUAAUUACACGAUUUUGUGGUAUUUGCAACAGAUCCAUCGGUUGAACGCUACUCUCGUCUCUGUAAAUAUGUAGAUACAUAGGUUACGAACCAAAAUUUAUGUUUAAUAUCCAUGUAUAUUUAAAUGGUAUGUAGGUUUGUUAAUUAUGAUCUCAAAUUUUGUGUUGAUAUAUUUUACCUGAGUACCUACUGAGUUCUUCGAAAUGAUGAUUCGUCUACCAUUGAAUUAAGACACUUGGUAGCUUAACCAUACAAUUACUUGGACUUUUUCCUCGGUUUCUUGAUUAUUCCCACAACAAUUGUCUGUAAUUUGGACCAUUAUCGGACUAGAAUUUCAAAGUACAACCAACAUUUUUAAAAUCUAUCAGGAGAAAAAUGUUGUAAUUCUAUAAAAAUUCUGAAGAAAAAACUGUCAGAGAAAAACCUAAUCAGCCCGGCUGCAAUCCAAGCGGUAUCUAUCAUACGUAAAGACCACCACUGUUUGUAUCCUAUCACAAAGAUUGGUCGAAAACAUUUUAUUUUGUCCUGGAAGAGAAAGAGGAGUUAUUUUCUUCCGUGUCUGAUUUUAACAAUUUCCAACCACAAAUGAAUUCCAAUGAUACGGGAAAAAAUUGUUCUAAAAUUUAUAUCUAAUGCUUGUCUUUUGUCUUGUGAUAUUUUUGUUUGUUUUGGUUUCUUUUUCUUCUUAAUAUCUGUAAUUUUAUCUUGUAACUACUGCCACUUUUAGGUUUUAUUGUUCAGCUGAAUCUACGUUGUUUUCUCUUUCAAUCGGAUCCUUAAUAAUCGAAAUCAAUUUUAAUUUCAGAGAGUUUCUCUGAAUAUUAUUUGAAUAGGUACCUUUGACUUUUAUAUAUUGAGUUUUGAAUAAAGUCUACUUAAUAACUGAGUGUAUGUUAAAAUUGUUAAGAGCUUUUUGCUUGAAAGUGAAUAAAUUAUACAUUUUUAUAUAA